CAUGCGAAAUCUGGGCUAAGACGCGACGAGGAGAAAAAAACACACAACAGAACGCGAGAACGGGGAAAAACGCGAGCCUUGGCCGGCCGAAAGGAAAACCUCGCGGAGCAGGAGCACCAUGACCUCCAUACUGGACAUGAAGGCCGGCCCGCCCGACUACUGGGCGGAGAUAAGCAACUUUUUCCUGCCGCUGAAAUACCUGAUCACCAACGAGCGAUUCGACGCCCUCGUCCGGGACAUAGACCUGUAUUACCUGAUCAACGGUGUCUUCUGGAUCUUCGUUGCGAUGUCCUGCGGCUUCUGUGCCUUUCAGCGGCUCUUCCAGUUCUUCCUCAAGUCAUCGAAUAUGAAGUACUUUAAGCGAAAGCAGUUUGCCCGUGUCAUCUGGAACAUCGCCUUCUAUGGAGCCAGCUGCCUGUUUCUGCACUUCUACAACGAGUUCAUCCUCCUGCCGCAGCUGAUGAAGAACCAAGGACGCUACUCGCUCUUCUACUCCUCGGAGAACGUCAUUUUCUAUCGCUCGCAUCAGACGGAGAAGUUCCAGUUCUAUUCCAUCUUCAUCAUCACGUUCUACCUGCAUGGGGCGAUGUUGGACUUUAAGGAGGCCGAUUUUCUGGAGGUGGGCUCCAAGGGGCUUUACCUGCUAUCCCUGGUCGCCAUUGAUGUCUACAGGUAUGAAAACUACUUUGUUGGCUUGAAUCUGACGGUCGGCCUGUACAGCAUACUCACCGAGGUGCUGGCCCUGCUGGUCCUGCCCAGCGCCUACAGCCACCGGAUCGUGUAUCAGGUGUUCCUGGGCCUACAGAUCGCCGCCUGGGCGCAUGUCUUUGUCAAUCUAGUGCCGUUCAAGUACCUAAUACCCACGCUGUUCGCCAAGAACUUUAAGCUGCCGCUCAAUGUGGCCAUUUGGUUUUGGUAUGGCAUCUCGAUCUGGAACUCGCCGGUUUUGCAGUGUUUCUACCAUCAGAUAUAUCAUACGGCGCCCUCGGAUUGUUCCGGCGAUGGGUCAGCGGCUAAAUGCAUCAUGGUCAAGGACUCGAGCGAGUUCCGGCACUACAAGACCCUGAAGAAGGCCUAUCUGGAGGUGAAGUUGGCCCACGAGAAGAUCAAUGCCCAAUCGCUGUCGACCCACGAAACCAGUUCGGCAUCGGCCAAAACCUUUCAGGCUAUUAAAUGCGUCAUGAUGCUAAAGCGCAAGUUAAAGCGUAUUCGCGAGGGUCGCGGCCAUGAGCCCGAGGAUGACAACGAGGAUAUGACCACCACAGAUGCCUAAAUCGAAUCGAGAAGUUACAUAAACACCUAGACACACAUUUCCUUAGACAAAAACAAAAAAAAGACACACAGAUCCUGCUUAGGCUAAAAAAUCACAAAGAUGAAACUACCUCCAACCCUGGCUAUAAGAGUAGUGCUUUCUCUUUCUCUGUCUCUCUUUUAAUAAGCCGGUCAGAAGUUUAUGCGUGCUCAAAAAAAAAAAAAAACUGCAACAAAUCGGCUUUAUGUACGAGUGAGGCUUAUCUCGGUUAAUCUCUUAGAAAUAUAUAUUUUAAAUGCCAUAAAAGGCUCUGUAUGUAUUCGUGAGAAAACGGUAGUGGGUUGUAAGCACUGAAUAUGUUAGAACAAUUUUAGAAUAAUUAGGAUUUUUAAGUCUUCGAAGUGCACCGUUUCCCCGUUUAUUUAUUUAUUUAUACCAAUUAGCUAAAUUUCUGACCUACCCUCGGCACGCAUAAACCAAAGGCAGUAUAAGGAAUAAGAUGUGUAGAAAUUGCUUAGCACAUGUUAUUUUUUAUAUUGCCUCUGCAUAAACUAAAUCCGGCAACAUACCCUUGAUCCAAAGUCGGCACGCAUAAACCAAAGGCAGUAUAAAGAAUAAGAUGCGUAACGCAAGUUUAAAAACAUUGCUUGGCGUUACGCAUCUUAUUCUCCAUAUUGUCUUUGCAUAAACCCAAUCCGGCGACAAAGCUAGCAAAAUAUAUAUAUAUAAAGAAUCUGAUUUUUCGGCGCCACAUGUGCUUAUCGCCAACGGAGAUUGCCUUGGCUCGUAUAUAUAAUAUAUAUAGUUACUAUAUCUCUUUUCUCUCUCUCCCUCGCGCACACACGUAUACAGUUUGUCUCUCCUUUUUUUAGAUUUUUAAGUCGCCUUCAACUUAUUGUUGUUGUUUAUUCGCUGUGACUUGAUGACAUAUUGAAAUAUUGUAAUGUGGUUUAUUUUUUUCGUUCUUUUUAAUUGAAAUAUACUAUAUAUGGGCUAAACGAGCGCAAUUGAAA